AUGAGUCAAUUGCCACCUCAACGCAACAUUGGCCGAUUUAUGCCUCCUGUUCUUUCUCAAUCGAGAUCGCAGCUGCGUUUUAAUCAGCCAAACUCCAUAAGGAUUGCAACAUCUCAAACAUCAUCAUUCUUACAAAACCCAUUUUCUCAAUGCACAAAUGAUUUCUCAAACAGACCAUUUCAGCAAGACGAAACGACAUCGCUUUACAGUGAAUCAACUUUAAUGGCACCGCCAAACCAAAUGGGUGAAAAUUUAGGGACCUUUAAAUCAGAACUUUGCGAAUUUUUCAAACUUCUUGCUGAAACACACCAAAAAAAUGCUGUUCAAGUUGCUGAAGCUUGGACAAAUAAUAAAAGGGCUGAAAUUGUGCAGGGUAAAGAAGAGUUUAAGAAACUGGCUGAAGAAGCUGAAGAGAAAAUUAAAGUUGUGGUAAGUGAAGUUGUGAAGAAAGAAAUAAUUGAUGAUAUGAAAGACAAUAUCAAAAUUGCAAAGCAGAAUAUGAAAAUUUUCAAAUCAAACUUUCAAAGGGAUAUUAAGAAAAUCCAUGAAAAGUUAGAAUUGAUGGGAAACAGAAAAAGAGCUUUUAAAAAAGAAACUGCAAAAGUAAACUGUAAAAUAUAA